GCGGCGCGCACGUCAGGGCGGAGGGCGCGCGACCCCGGGCGGGCGAGCGGACGAGCGGCUCGACGGGGUUACCGGAUGCUCGGCGCCCCCAGGGUUUAGGAGCCAUUACCGUGGACGGAGAGACGGGGACGUGAGCGGCCAUGGAGGGCGGCCUGAUUGCCGGAGACCCCCACAUCUGCUCGGUGUGCGGGCUGAGCUUCGAGGGGCUGGCGGCAGUGGAGGACCACAUGGCGGGGCACAACAAGGAGAAGCGUUAUGAGUGCGACGUGUGUGGCAAGACCUGGCUGUACCCGUGCCUGCUGGAGACCCACAGGCGGGUGCACACAGGAGAACGCCCCUUUGCCUGCUCGGAGUGCGGGAAGGGCUUCACCCGCUACGACAGCCUGCUGCGGCACUACCGCGUGCACUCCGGCGAGAGGCCCUUCGGCUGCUCCGACUGUGGCAAGGGCUUCAAGACGGCGCAGGACCUGAAGAUCCACCAGCGGGUGCACACGGGCGAGAAGCCCUUUGGCUGCUCCACCUGCGGCAAGAGCUUUGCCCAGUCGUCGGGGCUGCUGCGUCACCGGCGGGUGCACAGCGGUGAGCGGCCCUUCACCUGCUCCGACUGCGGAAAAGGCUUCAAGACGUCGCCAGACCUGAAGGUGCAUUGGCGCCUGCACACCGGGGAGCGGCCCUACACCUGCAGCGACUGCGGCAAGGGCUUCACCCGCUCCAACAGCCUGCUGGAGCACCAGCGCACCCACACCGGCGAGCGCCCCUUCACCUGCGCCCAGCUGUGUGGCGAGCGUUUUGCCCGCUCCUCCGGCCUGCUGGCACACCGGCGGCUGCACGCCGGUGAGCGCCCGUAUUCCUGCACCGACUGCGGCAAGGCCUUUGCCCGCUCGUCGGGGCUCUUGCUGCACAGGUGCGCUCACGGCAGCGAGAGACCAUUCGCCCGCGGCAAGGCCUUCGGCCGCCCCCUGCUGGCGCGCCGCCGUGCACACCCAUGCCCCGAGUGCAGCCAGGUGUUCGGACGUCCCUCAGCGCUCCGGGCUCACCGGGCCACGCACGGCGGGGAGGCAGCGCCGGACGACGCCGGCGGUUUCCCCCCCGCGCCCGGCGGCCUCUCCUCCAAUGCGGAGCUGGCCGGUCCCGGUCCUGCCCCCUCUCCCGAGGCUGGUCUGCCAGCACCCGAGGAGGCGGGGUCCCCGGGCGCGGGUGAGGGGGGCGGUACCACUACCCACACCCCCCCUCAAACUCCAGCCCCCGCGGAAGCUGCCGUUCCCCACUGA